GUAGUGGCAAACUAUUACGGUGACAGUGGACAAUUUGAAGAUGUUCCAGGAAUGAAAAUUCAUUGGGCUGGGGGGCGAAAAGAUCCUCCACCAGAUACUCCAGCUUGUGGAUUUGACAAUUCCAAAUGUCCAGAUAAUGAGUUAGAACUAGAUAAUUGUUACACCUUUUCCCUAACUUUUCCCAUCAGACACUUCAAGUUAGAGGCUGAAUUAGCGUCCAUGACUUGGAAGAUUAAAUGGGAUGAUAUAACAACAGCAUCAAACGAACUGAAAGGCCUAGGCUCGAGAAGAAGCUUGACUCGAAUCAGUCAUACGAGUGAAUGUUCUUCGGACACUUUCGCUUUGACUGCUCUAAAUAGACAGGUAUUCGUCAGGACAGGUUAUUACAAGGGAACUGUUGUAGCUAUUAAGCCUAUCAACAAACCUCGCAUAGAUAUCAACCGUCCUUUGCUAGUAGAAUUGAAGAGGAUGAAGGAUCUACAACAUGACCACAUUGUGCGCUUUAUUGGAGCAUGCAUAGAUCCUCCUCACUGUUGCUUGGUAACGGAAUACUGCCCAAAAGGAAGUUUGCAAGAUAUCUUGGAGAAUGACGAGAUAAAGCUUGACUGGAUGUUCCGGUACUCACUUAUGCAUGAUUUAAUAAAGGGUAUGACUUAUUUACACAACAGCGAAAUACGUUACCAUGGUAACCUCAAGUCUCCCAAUUGCGUGGUUGACAGUAGGUUCGUAUUGAAGAUCAAGGACUUCGGUCUCCAUGGCUUUCGAAUUUACAAGGAGAACGGAAACUUGGAUUCGUACGCAUACUGGAGAAGAAAACUGUGGACAGCUCCCGAACUAUUGCGUAUGUCUAAUCCACCACUAGAGGGCACGCAAAAAGGAGAUGUUUACUCCUUUGCUAUCAUUGCUCAUGAAGUUGUGGUAAGACAAGGAACAUUCUACCUUGGCCUCAUGGAACUCAGUCCUAAAGAAAUAGUGGAGCUAGUCAAAAAACAAUCGAAGCCGUAUUUCCGGCCUCUAUUGGAAGAAGAUUUGUGUAACAAUGAGUUAGUUCAGAUGAUCAAGCGCUGCUGGGAAGAAGACCCUGCUGACCGACCCGAUUUCCAGAACCUCAAGUCCAUCAUCCGCAAACUUAACAAAAAUAAUGAGAGUGGAAACAUCCUGGAUAAUCUUCUCUCCCGUAUGGAACAAUACGCCAACAAUCUGGAGUCUUUGGUUGAAGAACGAACGGCUGACUAUCUGGAAGAGAAACGUAAAGCAGAGGACCUGCUCUAUCAACUUUUACCAAAAUCUGUAGCAAGUCAACUAAUUCGUGGUGAAGUUGUAACAGCCGAAGCAUUCGACAGUGUUACCAUCUAUUUUAGUGACAUCGUGGGAUUUACCGCAAUCUCGGCCCAAAGUACACCUAUGGAGGUUGUUGACUUGCUCAAUGAUCUGUACACCUGUUUCGAUUCAAUCAUUGAAAACUUCGACGUGUAUAAG